AUGGUUAAUACUCGCAAGGGUUCCUACAUGACGCAGCCAUCUGAAGAUGCACCUGAGGUUACAAUUUCGUCGCCUCCUAUACGACAGGUGAAGGUAAGAGGGCAAAGGUUCAAGAGUACUCCACCACGAAGGUCGUAUCGACUUCCAUCUGAAAAAUCACUGUUGCAUGAAUCGGUGCUGCCUGAGUCUGUGCCUGUGGUGGGUGAGUCUUCUAUUCCUACUUCUUCUGUCGCAGAUGCACCUCGAGUUCCUGCGACUAAUGUGUCAAAUAUGGAUUCAGAUGACCGGGAUGAUGUACCUCUAGCUCGAUUGUUGAAGAAGACCAUGAUUCCAGAUGUCGCAGAUAAACUUCAUGUUGAUCCCCCUAGUUUUAUUCAUUCACAAGAAAGUUCAUCAACUAAAGGAGUAUUUAUUCCUACUCCUGAUAUUCCCUCCACAUCUAAUGUUCAACCGGGACCGUCAGCUCAUUCCCCUCCUGCAUCGCCACCUCUAUUUUCUUCGGUUAAUGCUCAUAAAUCUGUUCCUGAUGCUGUUCUUGGUAAUAUUUCUGGUGCACCUGUGCGUCAUCCAAAUGAUCGCGAAGUUGAAGAUGAGGUAGAACCUCAACACCCUGAUAUCGGCACUGAAGAAGUUCCUCUAAAUGAUGAUAACAAUCUAGUUGUUCCUCCUGCUUCUGCUGAUAUACCCGCUGCAUCUAACCCAGCAGAAAAGAAAGCUCAACAAAAGAGGCGCAAUAUAACUACCAAAACUGGUUGGAAGAAGAUUCCUCCAAAUAUUCCUUCUAUCCCUAUUGAUGGAAUAUCCUUUCAUCAUGAAGAGAGUGUCCAGUGUUGGAAGUUUGUGAUGCAGCGAAGGAUAGCAGAUGAGGUAAAUGUUUCUGACAAACAUCAAUCCUGCAUGAGUAUUAUGGACCUUAUUGAAAGGGCUGGUUUAACAAAAACUAUUUCGAAUGUCGGUCCAUUUUAUCCCCAGCUUAUUAAGGAGUUUAUAGUUAAUUUCCCUAAUGAUUUUAAUGAUCCAAGUAGUCUGGAUUAUCAAACGGUUCAUAUUCGAGGGUUCAAAUUUGUGAUUUCUCCUAUUGUGAUUAAAGGGUUUUUAGAGAAUGUUAUUGAUGUUGACCGUUCUCCAUCGUCUCCUUCCACUGAUGUUCUGGCUUCUGUCUUAUCUGGUAGGACGUUGUCCACUUGGCCUGUAAAUGGAAUUCCUACAGUUGCUCUCAACAAUAGAGGUUCUUUAUGA